AUGCCUUUAGCAGUUGCGACACAGUUUGGAGCCUGGUCUGCGGCCUGGUGUGGGACUGCGGCGGCAGCAGCCUGGUUUGGGAGUGCGGCGGCAGUGGCCUGGUGUGGGAGUGUGGCAGCAGCCUGGUGUGGGAGUGCGGCGGCAGCGGCCUGGUGUGGGAGUGCGGCGGCCUGGUGUGGGAGUGCAGCGGCCUGGUGUGAGAGUGCAGCGGCGGCGGCCUGGUGUGGGAGUGCGGCGGCCUGGUGUGGGAGUGCAGCGGCCUGGUGUAAGAGUGCAGCGGCGGCGGCCUGGUGUGGGAGUGCGGCAGCGGCGGCGGCGGCCUGGUGUGGGAGUGCGGCGGCAGUGGCCUGGUGUGGGAGUGUGGCAGCAGCCUGGUGUGGGAGUGCGGUGGCGGCCUGGUGUGGGAGUGCGGCGGCCUGGUGUGGGAGUGUGGCGGCGGCGGCCUGGUGUGGGAGUGCAGCGGCGGCGGCCUGGUGUGGGAGUGCGGCAACAGCGGCCUAG